CACAUUGAAUCAGCAGACAGUGUAUAUGACUGGAUACGUGGGACAGUCUGUCCUUCUGCCCUGCUCCUGCUCUCAACUACAAGCCAAACCACACACUCUCAGAUGGAUGUUUUAUAAAGGAUCUGAUUAUAAAGAAAUCUUCCCAAAGGACCAGACAAAUCUCUACACACACAGAGUUCGGCUCAUUAAUGAUCUUCAUCCAGGAAAUCUCUCUCUACUCAUAUCACACCUGACUGUAGAAGAUGGAGGAUAUUACAAGUGUGAGAUCAGCAACAAUGACUAUAAAGACGUCUCACUCACAGUUAAAGAGGCUACAAAAAGACCUUUACAAGAAGACACACCAAAGAACAAACCCACUUCCACAGCAGUUCUUGUAGACGUCACACCUACAAAACCAACCCUGGUGGUCGAGAACAAAAUGAACACACACCCUGAAACAUCUGGAAAAGAGUCUCUCCCCUUCGUCCCCUUCGCUGUGGUGACUGUGAUCUUUCUGCACAUCAUCGUAGCUGUGGUCUAUUGCAGCACCAGAAAGAAAGACUCUCCAUAUAGUCCUGAUAGAGUUCAUUACAGCAGAGCUGAUGGAGAUGGAAAAGUGAAUCUGCAGUAGAGAACAUCAUCAGCAGAAGAGACACAUGUUUAACAGCAGCGACCCUCAACACACCUGAUUAACAGAUCAGAUAGUU